AUGGCUGGUUCUGUUUCUCCUGGCGGUCGUGCCUAUACCGAGGAGCAGGAGUACUUGCAGGCUUACGAAGAUGUGCUGGAGAAAUACAAAGAUGAACGGGACAAAGUACAAAAGAAAACAUUCACAAAAUGGAUAAACCAGCAUCUCCUGAAGGUUCGCAAGCAUGUCAAUGACCUGUAUGAAGAUCUGAGAGAUGGACAUAACUUGAUUUCUCUUUUGGAAGUCCUUUCAGGAGAUACUUUACCCAGAGAGAAAGGACGGAUGCGAUUUCAUAGACUACAGAAUGUCCAAAUUGCACUUGAUUAUUUGAAAAGGCGGCAGGUGAAACUGGUGAACAUUCGAAAUGAUGACAUAACAGAUGGGAAUCCUAAAUUGACGUUGGGAUUAAUAUGGACCAUAAUUUUGCACUUUCAGAUUUCUGAUAUCCAUGUUACUGGAGAGUCAGAGGAUAUGUCUGCUAAAGAGCGAUUGCUUCUUUGGACGCAACAGAUAACAGAAGGUUAUGCUGGAGUUCGUUGUGAAAACUUCACUACCUGUUGGCGAGAUGGGAGAUUAUUUAAUGCCAUCAUUCAUAAAUACAGGCCGGACCUGGUAGACAUGAAUACUGUUGCUGUUCAAAGCAACCUUGCAAAUUUAGAGCAUGCUUUUUUUGUAGCUGAAAAACUUGGAGUUGCCAGGCUUUUGGAUCCUGAAGAUGUCAAUGUCUCCUCGCCAGAUGAGAAAUCAGUAAUCACUUAUGUAUCAUCACUUUAUGAUGCAUUUCCCAAAGUACCUGAAGGUGGUGAAGGCAUCAGUGCACAUGAUGUUGAAGUCAAAUGGAUUGAAUACCAGAAUAUGGUGAACUACCUCAUCCAAUGGAUUAGGCACCAUGCCACAAUAAUGAUUGACAGAGCAUUUCCAAACAAUCCUGUAGAACUCAAGGCACUUUAUAACCAGUAUUUACAAUUUAAGGAAACAGAAAUUCCACCAAAGGAGAUAGACAAAUCAAAAAUCAAGCAUCUAUAUAAAUUACUAGAGGUUUGGAUUGAGUUUGGGCGUAUCAAGCUUCCUCAAGGCUACCACCCAAAUGACAUUGAAAAAGAAUGGGGAAAGCUAAUUAUUGCUAUGUUGGAAAGAGAAAAGAUGCUUCGACCAGAAGUUGAAAGGUUAGAUAUGCUGCAGCAAAUUGCAAACAGAGUUCAGCGGGACAGCCUGAAUUGUGAAGACAAGCUAAUGCUUGCUCGAAAUGCUAUGCAGUCAGAUAGAAAACGAUUAGAAGCAGGCCUGCAGUUCCAGAAUGAAGCUGAGAUUGCAGGCUAUCUACUUGAGUGUGAGAAUCUUCUCCGCCAACAAGUUAUGGAUGCCCAGAUUCUUACUGAUGGAAAAUAUUAUCAGGCGGAUCAAUUAGUCCAAAGGGUUGCAAAACUCCGAGAUAACCUUAUGGCCUUAAAAGCAGAGUGUUCUUCAAUCUACAACAAAGGGAGAAUACUAACAACAGAACAGACCAAGAUGAUGAUAUCAGGAAUAACACAAAGCUUAAACUCAGGAUUUGCACCAAGCCUAAGCCCUAAUUUAAACUCUGGACUAAGUCAGGGUUUGUCUCCCUCCUUGACCUCAUCCAGUCUGACGUCAGGUUUAUCAUCAGGCUUUUCCCCAAGAGUGACGCCAGCCAUCACCCCAGCAUACACUCCGGGCUUCCCACCACGGUUAAUUCAAAGCUACAUAACUGGAGUUGACACAGGUGCACUUCAAACACUCAAAUUGACACAGAUUCGGAAGCCUCUGAUGAAAUCGGCUUUCAUUGAUCAGAAUUUAACAGAAGAAGAAGUCAAUAUGAAAUUUGUCCAGGACCUCUUAAGAUGGGUGGAUGAAAUGCAG